UCUGCUGAUCACCACGGAAAUAUCUUGAAGGUGAAUCCAACCAGAUAAGCGUUAACGAGGUGUUCACCACCACCACCAUCAUCAUCAUCAUCAUCAUCAUCAGCAGCAGCAUCGGGACAGAGCAAGGGUUCACACACACACAAAAAAAAACAGAGACAGAGAGAGAGAGAGAGUGUGUGCAGGCAUCACCAUCAAGUGGCGAAAAGAUCAAAGUGAGGAACAAGUUGAGAAAUUACAGAUAGUUUAUGCAACAACAAGGAGGAGGAGGGGGAAGAGGAAAUCGCAGCCGGCGAGAAUGGAAAGGAGCGUCCACCUGAAUGGACCACAGGAGCAGGAGACUUUCCACUCGGCUCUCAGCGCCUCAGCCAAAAGGCUGGAGAGCACAUUCCGGCCGGCGGCCGCCGCUCUCCAACUCUCGCGGGCCGAGUCCCGCUCGCCGCUGGUCUGCUACGAGGCGGCCGAGCCGGACGGAGUGUCCCAGCAGGCGGCAGCACACGGCGGUGGGCAGCAACACCGGGAGGGGAGCGGCGGGGACCAGAGUGUGGAUGAUGACAGCGAUGAGCGCUGUGAGUUAAUGUUAGUCCGGCAGGGUGGUGCAGACAGACCGGCCUCUCUGACCACUGGGGCUAGAGCAGAGAGCGGCUCAGCCAGUAAGAAAAACAAGGAGCAACGGGCCCUACGGCUCAGCAUCAACGCCCGGGAGAGGAGAAGGAUGCACGACUUGAACGAUGCCUUGGACGAGCUGAGAUCUGUCAUUCCUUACGCCCACAGUCCGUCGGUCAGGAAACUCUCCAAAAUCGCCACACUGCUGCUGGCCAAGAACUACAUCCUGAUGCAGGCUCAGGCUCUCGAUGAGAUGAGGAGGUUGGUAGCUUACCUCAACCAGGGACAGAGUCUCCCUACCGCCCUGCCCCCGGCUGCCGCAGCCGCCGCCGCCCUCACCCCCAGCCUCGGAGCCUACGAGCAGGCGGCUGGGGGUUACCCGUUCCCCGCCGGAGGACUGGCAGUGGCGGCGGCGGCGGCGGCUGCAGCGGCAACCGGAGCCAAUUGUCCGGACAAGUGCACCGCCAAUAACAGCAGUUCCCUAUACAACAAUGUCACAUCCAGUCUCUGCAAACAGUGCAGCGACAAGCCUUAAAUCAAACCACAAAAAUGAAAAAAAAGGACAAGUCGCUAAACAGCAUCAACAAACAAAAAGGGAAAUCAAAAUAUUAACAUGACCCCAGGUCACCAGGAUGAACUUUGUUUUUGGUUUGGAAGUUGUAUCUAAGAACUGAUGAUUUGUACAUAAAUAUUGUUGGAAAAGUUUUUUGGGGGUCGAGGAACUGGGGGAGACGAUCAACAAAAAAAAGUUUUUUUUUGUUUUGGAGCGGUGUAUCUUUCAGUUUUGAACAGCUGUCCAGCCUCAGCAAUAUUUAUUGUCACGGAGAUUCCAUCGCUAUCACUAGCUACUAUGGAUUUAUUUAUAUUAGUAUCAUCCAAUGCUUUCUCAAAACAAAAAAAAAUCUGUCUGCGGUGAUUACGACUGCGAUACAAGCUGCGUUCGUUAACUUCUCUUUAAACUGUCCUCGAGUUAAAGAUAGAGCUACAAAUGGCCAUAAACUUGCUCCUUUUUUGUGUGCGUUUUCUAGACACAAUCAUCAGAAUUGGAAAGGUAAUGGAAAGGAAACCCGGAAAUCAGUUAGUGUGACAAAGGAAUUUGAUGUAAAUUUAUUUCUUCAGAGUUGGGUUUUAUAGGAAAAGGAGUUUAUGAAACCGUUUAACAUGACGCGGUUUUCUUUGUGUUUCACGUUACUGUACAGAUUAAGAUGUGUUCAAAUAUUUUUGUUACAUUUCUUAUAACAAAAAAACGCUAUUUACCCAAAGUGAGUUUUUUGUUUGCAUGACGGCACAGUGCCUGUCCAUCUGCAAUAUAUAAAUAUAUAAAUAUCAUAUAAAGUAUGUAUAGAAGGGACUUGCGAUGUUUUUACUGCUGUCGUGUGUUUGAUUUGCAGUUUGUGUGAACUCUGGUGAUAAGUUGGUACCACUGCCUCCUUAAAGGGUCUGUUGGCAGCUGAUGAUGUAUGAAAGUGAUUAUGUACAAGCCUGCCCCUGAUUAUAAUAUAUAACCAUUUCUAUGUGUCAUCCGUGUUGGAAAACAAAUUUAUUAA